UGCAUGACUGCUUGGUCAAUCUGUCAGACAGUUAGCAACUGCCAUGUUAUCGACAGCUCAUAAUUGUCACUGUCUUUUAUGUAGAAGAGCAAAGCAUUUCUAAAUGUACAGAAUCUGUUAAUGAUAUCAUGUCUUCAGCCAGCAAUGUCUACAAUGUAUCAUCUGAUCUGUCUCUUCAGGGCUUUGAUCUGUCUCCUGAGAAGGCCAUUGUUGCGUUUGUCCUUGCCGCUCUGAAUUAUAUAAUAAUUUUGUUCUGCAACUCCUUCCUCCUGUUCACUAUCAUUACCAAUAAGGCUCUUCAUGAACCAAUGUACAUUCUCCUGUUAAAUUUGCCUAUUAAUGACCUCAUAGGCUCGACUUGCCUGUUUCCUCACAUCAUGCGGGAGCUCCUCUUUGACACCAGGACCAUGUCGUUCUCCAUUUGUAUCACUCAGGCUUUCUUUAUACAUGUAUAUGCCGUAUCUGUGGUCUUCAUCUUGACUGCCAUGGCAUAUGACAGAUAUGUUGCUAUCUGCCAGCCAAUGAGAUACACUACCAUUAUGAGCAACGUUCACAUCAUGAAGAUCAUCUCAUUGGUUUGGCUCUCUAAUUUGACACUGAUGGCCGUGCUUUUCAUUCUCCUCCUGCGUUUGCCUCGCUGUAGGUCUUACCUUACCCAUCCGUACUGUGACAAUCCCUCGCUGCUUCAGCUGGUCUGUGCAGACACGACCAUUAAUAACGUUUAUGGUCUGUUGUUGACAGCUGUCUGUCAGGUGGUAACAGUGGGUCUGAUUUUGUACACAUACCUAAGGAUCCUCAUAGCCUGCUUCCGCAACAAAAGCUCUGACACGAGGAGUAAAGCUCUGCAGACAUGUGGUACACAUCUAGUUGUCUUUAUCUUGUUUGAGUGUUUGGGUCUUUUCACGAUAAUCUCAUACAGGAUAAAAGAUAUUUCUCCUCACUUAAGAAAAUUCAUUGCGGUUGCUGCUAUGAUAUUGCCACCGACGAUGAAUCCUGUUAUAUAUGGCCUGAGAACUAAAGAAAUCAGGGUCAAAGGGAUCAAAUUUUUCAAGCAAAAAGUUUUUGCUUCAUGAACAAAUAACACUAGAGAGAAUACUGGAAUAAAUUUUUUUUUAGAAAGGUGUCAUACUAAAUAUCAUUUGAAUAAAACUUACAAAACUUUUUAGUUGUAUAUGCAUUAAUGUAACAUAUGAAUCUGUCUUUCUGUCAAAUCU